AUGGCGGCCGCGGCGGCGCGUAGGUGGUUCUGCUCCCUGGCGCUCGGCGUCUCCUUCCUCAAGUGCCUCCUCAUCCCCACGUAUCAUUCCACAGACUUUGAAGUGCAUAGGAAUUGGCUUGCCAUCACUCACAACUUACCUCUCUCUCAGUGGUACUAUGAAGCUACUUCAGAAUGGACGUUGGAUUAUCCACCAUUUUUUGCUUGGUUUGAAUAUGUACUUUCGCACAUUGCCAAGUAUUUUGACCCACAAAUGUUGGUUAUCCAAAAUCUAAAUUAUUCCAGCCAUGCAACCAUCUUCUUCCAAAGAUUUUCAGUCAUCUUUACAGAUAUCCUUUUUAUAUAUGCAGUUCGUGAGUGCUGCAGAUGUGUGAAUGGGAAACGAGCUGGAAAGGAUAUUAUGGAAAAACCAACUUUUAUUCUUGCUGCUCUGCUUUUGUGGAAUUUUGGGUUGUUAAUUGUGGAUCAUAUUCACUUCCAAUACAAUGGCUUUCUGUUUGGGCUGAUGCUUCUUUCCAUUGCCCGACUAUGUCAAAAACGAUACUUGGAGGGUGCUGCCCUUUUUGCUGUUCUUCUGCAUUUCAAACACAUCUAUGUGUAUGUGGCACCAGCAUAUGGCAUUUAUUUGUUGAGAUCCUAUUGUUUUACUGCAAAUAAUACAGAUGGAUCCCUGAAGUGGAGAAGUUUCAGCUUUCUUCACGUAACUCUCUUGGGACUGAUUGUCUGUCUUGUUUCUGCACUAUCAUUGGGCCCUUUUAUAGUAUUGGGCCAACUGCCUCAGGUCAUUUCACGGCUUUUUCCUUUCAAGCGAGGCCUCUGCCAUGCUUACUGGGCCCCCAACUUCUGGGCUUUGUACAAUGCCAUGGAUAAAGCAUUAACAAUCGUUGGUUUAAAGUAUAACUUUCUUGACCCCACAAAAAUACCUAAAGCCUCAAUGACAGGAGGAUUGGUUCAAGAAUUCCAGCAUACUGUCCUCCCUUCUGUGACUCCACUGACAACAUUAAUCUGUACUUUGGUAUCAAUAUUGCCCUCUGUUUUCUGUCUUUGGUUUAAACCUCAAGGGCCCAGAGGCUUUCUUCAGUGCGUUGUUCUCUGUGCAUUGAGCACCUUCAUGUUUGGCUGGCACGUGCAUGAAAAAGCAAUACUGCUUGCUAUUCUGCCUUUAAGUUUGUUGUCUGUUCAGAGACCAAAGGAUGCUGGUAUCUAUUUGAUUCUGACAACUACGGGUCAUUUUUCACUUUUUCCAUUGCUGUUCACGUUACCAGAACUUCCAAUUAAAAUACUGCUGAUGCUGCUGUUUACUGUUUAUAGCUUCUCUUCACUGAAAUCUCUAUUCAGGAGAGAGAAGUCUCUACUGAACUGGCUGGAAACAAUCUACCUCUUUCAACUAGUGCCUUUGGAAAUCUUCUGUGAAAUUAUAUUCCCUCUGACCCCCUGGAAACUCACCCUUCCUUUUGUUCCCUUGUUGUUGACCUCUGUAUACUGCGCUCUGGGCAUCACCUAUGCUUGGCUGAAACUCUACAUCUCUGUCCUGACUGAACCCAUUUCUAUCAGACAUAAGGCAGAGUAAAACAGUGGUAUUGGGACCCACCAGGUUUUUCCACAGAGAGGAAGAUUCAGCGCUGAGGAGCUGUGGUGAGGAAGGGAGGGAACCUGUCCAUGAGGCAGGAGCACAAGCACCUUUCACCCAGAGAGUGGAGGGUUUCUCUUCCCCACAACCCCUGUGCUGUCCAACUAGAAUACCUCUUAGCUCAUGACAAUAAUGUGUAGCUUAGUGAGAUACCAGAAAUAAACUGUGAAACUUGAUGAAAAGGACCUUGUCUUCAUAUUGGCCAUUUAAAAAGUCUGGGCUUCUGUCCUGAAGAAAAGCGCCCCGGCUUUCUCCAUGUCGUUGUAUUUUAGUGAAAGCUACUAUGACAAAUUACAAGGGAUUAUUGCUGUGUAGAAGAGAGCAUAAUAACUGCCUACUGUGGAAUAUGUAAAUAAAAGACUUUUUUUUUUCAAUGA